UAGGAAGGGGGGUCGAGUUGGGCUCAACAUGAACCUGCCGCUCUAACACUCUGGGCUGGGACAAGCAGGCAGCAGCCGGCCGGCCGCCCCCAAAGCAGCAGUCGCACAGGGAAUAUUGCCUGGACCGCUUUGAACAUCAGCAACAAGUUUUUACCUGAGUGCUGCAGCACUCAUGGCUGUCGCUUACAAUGCCGUCACCCAUCCGGGCCUGCUUUCCCAGCAGUACCCUCCACCGCUGCUGCCCAAGCCUGGAAAGGACAACAUUCGGCUUCGGAAGCUCCUCAAGAGAACUGCUAAGAAAAAGGCCUCUAUUCAGGCAGUGCAGUCUACAACUCCUUUUCGCUCCAGCCUUUCCCCUGUGAAUGAAGCAAGUCCUGACCUUGAGCACAGUGACCACUCCACUCCCCCCCGGACACCAGAGACACCAUCCAACCUCUACGGUGUCCAACUGGCUCCACGGUUUACUGUCAGGCCGCUGUAUCAACAUGUUGCAUCUCCUUACCCGCAGCGUGCAGCUUAUGGCAGAGCAGCAAGGUUCUCGCCACCGACAGUGGCAUUCCCAUCAUACUCGCAGCAUGUCACCUCAGUUUUUUCAUAUUCAUCCUCAGCCCACCUUUCUGGAGUCUCACCAGCUCUGGGGCCAGUCGUACAGCCGGCAGUACCAAACAUAUCUGUCUCACCUUAUUUUGUGCCUGAGAAAACAGUGUCCCCUGCUGAGGUGAAACUGACAGCUUCUACCACAUUUGCUGAAACUCAAGCUGGUCUAAGACCUGCUGCUGCAGCAGUAACUCUACACCCAAAACCCAAAAGUCCAGGUCUGGCUCCAUAUUCAACUGCAGGAAUUCAAGCUUUGAUUAGACCUCUCACUGUGUUGACCCCGUUUGUCAAAUCAAGAAGUCCUCGUCCGACUUUCAAAGCAACUGAACCCUCAAGGUCACCCAAACCGAUGUUUGAUGUCCCUCAAAUUAGAAUGUACACAGCAAGCACAUCGUACUAUGAGUCAUCCAAGACCUCACCAGUGUAUGACACAACUGAAUUAACUGCUAUUGGCAGCACAAUACCUCAAAUUAAAAUACCAACAGAAACAAUACAAGAUUUGACCUCAAUAUCUGAGGUCAGAAGAGACACAGCACAGACACCUCAGCCUUCUGUCUUGGGCACAGAUCCCCAGCGAAAAACACCAACUUCGGAGAUCAACACAGUUAUAACACCUACCCUUGAAAUCAAGAGAGCCUCUCCAGCAUCUGACAUCAAAAAUGCCACUCCAAUACCUGAAAUCAAGAGAGCUACUCAAACAUCUGGCAUCAAAAGAGCCACUCCAACAUCUGAAAUAAAGAAAAACACUCCAGCAUCGGAAAUCAAAAGAGCAACUCCAACAUCUGAAGUCAGAGUUGCACCAACUUUUGAGUUCCAAACAUCCAGAACUUUAACAGGGCGGCCUAAAACCCCAGCAUACCACAUGGGUCGGGCAACAACACCUGUAUUUGAAAUUUCAAAAGCCAAUCCUCUAUUGUUUGCUGUGUCACCAAUACCUGUCGAGCCAGAGAGGUCAAGAACACCCAAACUGGCUUCUGCUGUGUCCAAAAGCACGAUGAAUAUUGAGCCUAGGCCUACUGAAAGAAUACUGAAUGGGGACAUUUUUUCAGAUGUGACACCUGCAGCUAAACCAAUUCAACAAAGUAUAACAAGGUCAAAAUCAGAGCCUUCUCUGAUCCCAGAAAAGAACAAAACUGCUCCAGCUGGUCCUGAAACACAUCAAACUCAUACGUCUGAGCCAACAACAUCAGCAGUAACUUCUGACAGCUGUCAGAGGCCCAAGACUCCAACUUUUGAGGCAUCGCGGCUUAUGACCACCUCACCUGGCUUCAAAAGACCAAAAACACCAACUGGUUUAUCAUCUGUUGCUUUUCAAAGACCUAGAACCCCAACCCAGGGGGCUCAUAAGUCUGCCUAUCGUGGAUUGACACCAGCAGAAUACACUGCUCAUGGUGGCAUCAAAACUUACUCUCCAGCCUUUGGUAUCACAGGUUCUAAGACAUCAAAUGAAGAGUUGGUUAAAGUUGAAAAAGAGGAAUCAGCAGUUGAUAAAACACUGAGUCAAGAACCAUCUGUGAAAGAACCUUCAAUAACUGAGGUGUCUAAAGUGAAAGACACCCCCAAAGAUGUAGAUGAACCCCAUCUAAGAGAGGUGCAUGUUUCCACCACCCCUUCAAUCCCUAUAAUUGUUGUUUCAGAGGCAUCUGACACUUUAGGAACAAUGUUAACACUAGAGACAAGUACGCUAUCUAGUCAGGCUACAAUAGUACAAGAAGAAACAGUGAUUCAACAAACACCAAAGACUAAACCUCCAAAACCAGAUGUGAAAAGUCUGAAAAAGGAAGAAACCCAAGUUAAAAAAGACAUCAAACCAAAGACAAAAACCCCAGAAACCACAGGUCCUCUGCCGAAAGGUGGUGUCCAAGACCCUCUGAAGGCGGUGAGGAAACUUUUAGGCAUAGAUAAAGUUCAGACUGUAGAGAAGAAAGCUGUAACUGAGGCAAAAGGUGAUGUCUCAGAACAAAAAGUGAAACCUGUAACUGCCAUCGCAACUGAAGCUCAAAGCUCAAAGCCAAGCACGGCAGCACCUGCUCUGCCUGCUAAAGCACCUGCUACUGCAUCAACAGAAAGUGAUGAAAAAGGAAAAGAUAAGACAGUAGUUAAAACUGUACUUGAGAAAAAGGAAAGCGAUGAGACCCUCCUUCCAGCUGAACCCCUUCUUAAGGUCAUACAAAAGCCAAAAGGAGUGAAAUCAAAACUGAGUGGUUGGUCACGACUGAAGAAGCACAUGGUAGUGGAGCAAGAGGAGCCCAGAUUUCCUGAAAAUGUCUCUCAGAAGGAGACAACUGGGCAGGACCAGAAUAAGGUGAAGGAAUGUGAAGAGAAGGCCAAAGACGGGCCUGACACUCAACACACAAGCCAAACCGCAGAAGCUCCCAAGGCAACUGUAAUGUGGGAAGCUGUCCUCUUCCAAAUGUUUUCCACCAAAGAGAACAUCAUGCAGCAGAUCGAGUUAAACAAAAGCGAGAAGGAGAAAACGCCAGAGAAAAAGGAUGAGCCAACAGAGAUACCUUCAUUUGCGUACCGGCUGCCUGUGCUCCUCUUUAGUCCAAAGUUUGACGCUAAAAGGCUAAAAGAGGCAGCUUCAAGGCCGGUGACCAAAAUUUCAACUGUGUUUGAAAUGGGUCUGAUUGGGCGGAAAGUUAAAGACGAGGAACCAAAAGACUUUAAUAGAGUAGCAAGGGGGUUCACUGUUCCUUAAGUUGCAUCUAAUGUUCAGUGCCCCGAUGAAAAUGUAAAGACAAAAGAGUUCAUGUUUAAUGUACAGUGCAGAAAUCUUAGCCACAGAAAUUGUGUACAGGUGUGGUCAGUGUUAGUCUCUGUGUAAACUGAAUGAUGUUUGUGGCAGUGUUGUAGAAUAUGUGGCCGUUAAUUUAUACUUUACCGAAUUCUUUGUGUUGCAUUUGUGUGACUGGUUGCCUGGGUGUUAAAUGUAUUUGUGGAUUAGCUGAAAGGAGAGAGCGACAUUUGUCUUAAGUCAUUCAGAGGUCACAUCAGAUUAAAGCUUUUAUGUUAUAAGUAAUUUCAGAGCUUCUCAUUUGUUCCUUUCUUUACACGUUCAAAAUAACUACUGACUGUUCUGUUAGUGAUAGAUUAGACAGCAUGUUGGUUAUUGUGGCGCUAAAUGUAUGUGACAGAGAUUUAUUAAUAUGCAGUGUGUGUCAAGAGAGUACAUUUUACUGAAAACAAUAAUUUUUUACAAUAAUAACUCAACUAUAAGCAAAUUAUUAAUAAUUAGGUUGCUGUGUCUUUAUAAAUAGAUAAAAUAGACUAAAUAUAUUUUCUGACAGAGAAAAUCUCAAUUUCUCUUUAAGGAUUGUGCAAAAAAACACUUUUAUUCAAAAUGGUGCUACUUGCCUCAGGGUAAGACCUUUCACUAGUUAACGGAUGCACAUGUGGAGUGAUAUGAUGGUUGAAUUUAUUUAAGUGUAAGUGGUUAUGUUUUUACGAAUGAACUUUCUUAAAGUCACAAUGAAAUAACAUUUUAGGAGCAUCUAGAUUCCUUUAUGUGACCUUGGCAGGGGUGCAACACAGGGAAAGCUUGUCUUCCAUGUCAGCAAUAACAGCUUUAAUGUGGCAAUAGUGGAUGUAAUUAAGUGAACAUGAAGAUAUUCUCUUUUGUCUAUGAUGCACUUUUCUAAAUAGUUAAGGAGAGCAUAACACCUAAAUAAGCUGAGUAAAAUACAAAUGCUAAAGAAAACAUUAGAUUAGGAAUUGAGUACAAAAUCUUAUAAAAAUGAGAUGGUAAUGACAGGAUAGACAAUAAUUUAAACAUCGGGUGUGAGAUGGUUCACGCUUCAUUAGGGUUCGGUUUUGGUCACAACCCAAACUCAAGGGGCGCAACUACAGUUAUUGUGUAGUUAAUAUUCCAAACUUCUUUCACAGUCUAUGCGUAGUUUAUGUAGAGAGAAGUAGACAAGAGUCCUAAAUAUUUCAAAAGUGUCAAGCAGUCGUCUUAGUGAUUGAUUUCAUUGUGACUUGAAGGAGGCAGUUGAGCUUAAAACUUGUAGAAAAGGUGAAUGAUGAAGAGCAGCCUCGGUCGUGAUGGAGGGCAAUGUGAUACAGAACUGUGGGUUUAAGGGUCAAGAGACAUGGAGUGGUUUUACUGUGAAGCAGGGCGGGCAAUGUAUUUUUCUAUUUUUAUUUUCUAACUUGAUGGAUUAUGUCUGAUCUGAUUUCCAUUGUGUGCAGGCGUUGUGGCUUAAUCUAGUGAGUCUUUGACAAUGUAAACCUUAGCAGGUAGAUCUUCUGUGAUUCCUUUGAAUCAAAACCUGUUGACACUUUCAAAUAAAAUCACCAGGCAAUGUU